UUUAAACCUCCGCUUCGGGAUCAACCGAACCCAAGUCCCAGGAACCGAAAUUUCUAUUCCGGAAGGAUUCCAACUCGGCUAGCGGAAGUGAGCCGCAGCUCGUCUCCGUCUUUUCCGGUGUGGCUUAGCGCGGCCGGUUCUCUUUUCUCCCCGGUGGCGGACUGGCUGGACGGGCUCUGAAGGAAAAGGAUUUUCGCCGUUGGAGCCCGGUUUGGCGCCCCAUCCCUUACGGACCUGGCCAUCUUGGCACUUACUCUGAUUAAAGAGAAAUGAAUAUCAUCAUUUUCCACUUUGAUACUUGAGUUUCCCUGGUGUGUCCUUGGAGUCACAGAAGAAUUUGAUUACACAUUUUACCAUUAGACUCAAAGGAUGGACGUUACCAGUUUGUCCUGUGGAAGUCCUCUUUCUGGGGACCAAGUCUGCAGCCAAGGAGAAGAAACAGAGGGGGAAAGCAUACUGGUUGAUUGCCUGAGAAACUGUAAUAAGGGUGAGGCUGUGGAUUUCACUCAAGAGGAGCAGACUACAAAGGAUCCAACUCAGAAGAGCAUACCUAGUGAUGUGGCAGUGGGGGACUCUACAAAGCUGGCCUCUGUAGGAUGUCAGACACUUACCAAGCCCAGUGCUUUGACUUGCUUGACAAAAGAAUUGGUAACCGCACAGAGAGGAGUUCUUCAAGGUUUAAUUCCAGAAUUGGAAAAACAUCUACAAACCAAAGAUUUAACACUAGAGCAAGGUUUUUUGACAAGACAUACCUUCAUGGAGACACAGCAGGUGGAUGCAGUGACCUUUGAAGAUGUGUCUGUGGACUUUACCCAGGAAGAGUGGACUUCACUGGAUCCAAUUCAGAGAAGCCUCUAUAGAGAUGUGAUGCUGGAGAACUACCAGAACCUGGCCACAGUAGGAGGUCAGUUGUUCAAACCCAGCCUGAUCUCUUGGUUGGAGCAGAAAGUAGAGUUGACAAUAAUGGAGCAAGGAAUUCUCCAAGAAUGGGAAAUGCACCUUAAGACAAAAGGGACAGCACUUGAGGAGGAUAUAUUUUGGUCAGAUAUGUCAAAUGGAAAGCUACUGGGAAGAAAGCACAAUGGAGGGGUGCUUGGCAACUCUAUGCAAGUUGGAAGAGUUUUCAGUGAAGAUUCAUACCCUCAGACUCACGUUAGUAGGCUAAAUACAGAGAACACUUCAGAGAGUAAUUUGUGUGGAAAAGACUUGCUGCCACCACUUAAAGAAACUUCUACUGAAAAGAACAUUUUUCAGUUGGACCAGUGUGUAAAAUCUUUCACUUUGACUCCAGAUGUUUCACAGAAAAUGUGCACUCUGGGAAAAUCCACUGAAUGCAGUGACUGUGGGAAAACUUUCCUUAAUCACUUAGAACUUGAGGCACAUAGUUCUUCUCAUAGUGAAAAGAGUCAGUGUGGACAAACUUUUACUCAUCCUGUAAGUCAUAAUGAGCAUGUUGUAAUUCCCACUGAAAAAAAAUACUAUGAAUGUAAGAAAUGUGAAAAAGUCUUUACACAUCCUAUCUACCUUAAUGUCCAUAUGCAAAGCCACACCGUGGAGAAACCCUAUGACUGUAAGGAAUGUGGGAAAGCCUUCACUGAGCGCUCAAGUUUAAUUGUGCAUCUACGACAGCACACUCGAGAGAAGUCUUAUGAGUGCAAGGAAUGUGGGAAAACCUUCAUUCAACCCUCACGCCUUACAGAACACAUGAGAAGUCACACAGGAGAGAAACCAUAUCAGUGUGACCAGUGUGGGAAUGCCUUUGCAUCUUCUUCUUACCUUACUACGCAUUUGAGAACUCAUACCGGAGAGAAGCCCUUUGAGUGUAACAUAUGUGGGAAGGCAUUUACACGUUCCUCUUACCUGCUAGGUCACAUACGAACUCACACCGGAGAAAAGCCCUAUGAAUGUAAAGUAUGUGGGAAAGCGUUCAGUGGUCGUUCUUGGCUUACGAUACACUUACGAAAGCAUACUGGAGAGAGGCCCUAUCCGUGUACAGAAUGUGAGAAAGCCUUUACCAGCUUUGCUCAGCUGACUGAACAUAUAAAAACUCACACUGGUGAAAAGCCCUUUCGUUGUAAGGUAUGUGCAAGGACCUUUAGAAAUUCCUCAUGCCUUAAGACCCACUUCCGAAUUCACACUGGAAUAAAACCAUACAAAUGUAAUUACUGUGGGAAAGACUUCACUGCACGGUCAGGCCUUACUAAGCACGUACUAAUUCACAAUGGGGAGAAGCCCUAUGAGUGUAAGGAAUGCGGGAAAGCCUUCAGUACAUCCUCUGGCCUUGUUGAACAUAUAAGAAUUCAUACAGGAGAGAAGCCCUUUGAAUGCUAUCAGUGUGGGAAAGCUUUGGCUCAUUCCUCAUCUCUUGUUGGACAUUUAAGAACUCACACUGGAGAGAAACCCUUUGAGUGUAAGCAGUGUGACAAAACAUUUACGCGGUCUUCUUAUCUUCGUAUUCAUAUGCGAACUCACACUGGAGAGAAACCAUAUGAGUGUAAGGAGUGUGGGAAGACUUUCCCUGAGCGCUCAUGCCUUACUAAACACAUAAGAACACACACUGGUGAAAGGCCCUAUGAAUGUAAGGAGUGUGGGAAAGGCUUUAUUAGUUUUGCUCAACUUACUGUACACAUAAAAACUCACAGUUCGGAGAGACCUUUUCAGUGUAAGGUGUGCACAAAAUCCUUUAGAAACUCCUCCUCCCUUGAGACCCACUUUCGAAUUCACACUGGAGUAAAACCCUAUAAAUGCACUUACUGUGGGAAAGACUUCACUGCUCGUUCAGGCCUUACUAUACACUUAAGAAAUCACACUGGGGAGAAGUCCUAUGCAUGCCAAGAAUGUGGAAAAGCCUUUAGCACUUCUUCAGGCCUUAUUGCACACAUAAGAAGUCACAAAGGAGAGAAACCCUUUGAAUGUGACCACUGUGGGAAAGCCUUUGCUUCUUCCUCUUAUCUUAAUGUGCAUUUGAAAAUUCACACUGGAGAAAAACCCUUUCAGUGUACAGUAUGUGGGAAAACAUUUACAUGUUCUUCCUACCUUCCUGUUCACAUGCGAACUCACACUGGAGAGAAGCCUUUUCAGUGUUUAAUAUGUGGAAAGUCAUUUUUAUGGUCCUCGUACCUUCGAGUUCACAUGCGAAUUCACACUGGAGAGAAACCCUAUGUGUGUCAGUACUGUGGAAAAGCCUUUACAGAGCACUCAGGCCUUAAUAAGCAUUUACGGAAACACACAGGAGAGAAACCGUAUGAAUAUAAGGAAUGCAGGGAAUCCUUCACUGCUUCUGCUGAUGCUAAUGAACAUGAAAAUCCCCAUUGGGGGGAAAGCCUUUGAAUGUAAGGUACUCAGAAAAUUGUUCUAGAAGCCCUUGAUCCAUCCUUUGCAAUCAGAAUUCAGUCUAUAAAAGUCUUAUAAUAAUCAAUGUAUGAAAGCAUUCAGUUGUCACUGUUUGCUGUAAAAGCAACUCAUUCUGAGGAAGCUCUGAGUUUAAGGAUAUGGGAGAGAUCAAAAUCCCAAGAUCGGUGAACUCUGUCAAGGUUUGUAGUAUAGGAGAUGAAAAUCUUUAGUGUUUCCAUGUGUGUUGAUGCAAGACAUGUAGAAAUGUCAUAGUUUUUAAGUUUCUUAGUUCGCUUGUAAUCUCACAGUUGAGAAAAAUCUUACUGAAGUUUGGGAAAUAACUUUACCUUUGACUUUAUGUGGUGGUUACAGACUGAACACAAACCACGUAUGUGUAAUAGGGGAUUUGCUUCAAUGUCUUGAAGUUUUGGAUGGCAACACAUGGAUUUCCUGGGUGCUUCUAGAUGAACUUUGAAUAUUUCUAUAUUUGUGUAUUUUUAUGACUUCAAUUAUAAAUUUCUAAAUUCCAUUAUAGGUUUUCCUUUUUAAAAUAUUUCUGUUUGAUGGGAUUGGAAACGAUUGUUUAUACCUAGUGUCUAGUAUAUGUCCCAUGACGGCAUUGUGAACUAAUGAACACAGUCACUACUUACUUCGUCUGUUGUCACAUGCGCCCCUCUUCCCCUUUGUCUUUUUUUCACUUUUUGACCUAGACGAGUAUGAAAAUCAUGUAGUCUAGACUGAUCUCGAGCUCCUGGCAGUUCUGGCUCAGUCUCCUUAGUGUCGACAUGACAGAUACAAGCUAUCAUACCUGACUAACUGUUUUAAAGUAAUGUCACAUAGUGUUUACGUACUUACAUAAGAAGAUUUGGGUCUGACCAAGACAACCCCUUUCUUUGAGUUCCCAGUCUCUGGUAGCCACUACCCUUUCUCUGGUUGGAGUUUAGCUUUUCUUUAGCUUCUACUUGUUAAGUCAUGUAGUAUCUGUUUUAACUAUUCCUAGGUUUUUAUUUUUUGUGACAGGGUCUUACUUUGUAGCUCAAACUGACUCCCAAACUCCCAGCCUUUCUGCUUCAGGCAUGUGCCAUCAUACCUAGCUGUUUAUAUGAGUUUAUAUGAUUUACUUGAUGUCCUCAAGGUAGAGCUGUGUUAUGGUCAGUUAAUUGUUUUAGGACAUUAAUUAUCCUUUGGUAUGUCUAUGGAUACUUAUUUCCAUACCUUGACUGUUGGGAGUAUUGCUACAUUGAAUGUUAGUGUAGCUGUCUCUUUUUAAUUAAUGAUCUUAUGUCCUCAGAUGCAGUCCCCAAAGUGGGUUUGUUAUAGUAAUGAUAGGUGUACUUUUAAUUCAGUAUGUCUGGACUAUUCUGUAAUGGCUAUCAGUCAUAUUCCCAAUGAUAUACCUACUCUUUUUAUUGCUUAUCUUUUUACUUUUUUCUUUCUAUGUGCCAUUUUAAAAUGUGAGAUGGUUUCAUAAGUUUUGAUUUGCAUUUUUCUAAUCUAAGCCAUUUGUAUGUCUUUGCUAAACUUAAUUUCAGUUAUCAAUUUUAAAAUCAGUGUAUAUGUAUUUUGCUGUGAAGUUGCUGAGUUGCUGUUUUAGACAUAGGCCCGCUGUACUAUAUAUGAAUCGCUGAUAUUUUUCCGUCUGUACACCUGCCAUUUCAGAUUUGUUUUCUGCUCUGCUUUGUAAAAUCUUUAGUUUGAUGUUGCCCUAAUUUUUUAUAUUUGCUUUUUAUGCCCGUGCUUUUAAUGUCAGUUCCAAAAUUCUCUGCUGCUGUGUCAAGCAGCAUUCUUUUUGGAGUUUUAUUGUGUCAACACUCUAAGAUUUGAUUUUCAGGGUUUUGUUUGUUGGAGGUGGUCUCAUUAUGUAAUCUAUAAUAGCAUAGAACUCAUUGUGUGGACUAGGUUGAUCUUAAACUUGCAGCAGUUUCUCCCCAGGCCUUCUGAGUACAGAGAUUUUCAGUAUGAACCAGCCUACCCAGCUUAACUGUAUUUCUUUUACUGUUAUUUAAUUUUAUUUCCUUUUUUCUUUGAUCUCUGAGUUACACACACACACACACACACACACACACACACACACACCAUAGUUAGUGGUAUAGUUUUGCUUGUGCAUCCAUUUUUAUCAGUUCCUUUUAUUUGUUUAACAAUCCUUUUUAUGGUUUGAUAGUUUUGUUGAAAAUUUGGUUAUAAGCAUUUGUGUUUUGGUGCUAGAAAUUGAACCUGUGGCCUCAUGAAUGCUAGGCACAUACUCUACCCUCAAGCUAUAGUUCUAAACCCAUUUUUGAAAUUAUUUUGACUGUAUAAAGGUUUUGUUUUGACUUUUUUCUUUCCUUUCUUUUCUUUUUUCUUUUCUUUCUUUUUUUUUUUUUUUUUUUUUUGAGGUUGUUUCUCUGUGUUGCUUUGGCUGUUCUGGAACUCACUUUGUAUUCCAGACUGACUUUAAACUCACAGAGAUCUUCCUGCCUCUCCCUCCUAAGUACCGGGAUUAAAGACAUACAUCAUCCCCACCUGGCUUGUAUAAAGUUUUUGAGAUAAUCUCUCUGUGUAACUCUGAAACCGACCAGGUUAGCCUCAAACUCACAGAGAUCCACCUGUCUCUCUACCUUCCAGAGUGCUGGGAUUAAAAUUAUGUGCCACUAUGCCUAGCAAUGAUAAGUUUAUAUCUAAACUAUUUUGUUUCGUUGUCUAUAUCAAUAUUGUACUGUUUGAUUACUGCCUAUGUAAUGUAUUUUUCUUUUGUAAUUAUUCCUUGAGAAAAGGUCUCCUGGAGCUUAGACUGACUCUGAAAUAACUAAAUGGUCAAGAAUGAUCUUGGACUUUUGAUCUCUUGCUUCUGCCUCCAGUGGUAGGAUUCCAGGCAUGCACCACUACACUCACCAUUUUUGUUUUGGUUUUGGCGCAGUGCUUGGGUAUCAAGUGCAUGCUAAGUGAAUACUCUACCAACUGAGCUUCAUCUCUAGCCCUGUGACACACUGUUUAACCUAAAACUUUUGUUUUUAUUUGAGUUUGGGCUAAUUUGAAAGGUUUUGGUUUUUUAUGACUUGGGAAUUUUUUCCCAAGCCUGUGAAGAAUGCCAUUUGAUUUGCUAAUGUGGUAGCAAUAAAUCUACAAAGCACUUUGGAUAGGAUGGACAUUUUAACAGUGUGCAUAGGAUGCCUUGCCUUUGUUUAUAGUCUUGUUCAUAGUGGUUUAGAUUUUCCCUGUUUAAUUUUAUUCUCAUUUUAUGCAGUUCAAUAGGGUGUAUAAUAUUUUUGCUUUUUAAAUUUGUAGUAUGUAAAGACACUUUGUGUUGAUUUAGAAAAUCAUUAAACUUUUAUGAGUUUCUUAAAUUUUUUUUCACAGAGUAAUUUUCUAUGUUGACACCCUGUCACCUGAAACAGAUUUGUUUCCUUGGGUGAAAAAAUUUUUUCUUUUUUCUUACCCUAAUUGCUCCAGCUAGGCUUUUCCCGGUGUUUGCUGAAUUGAUGGAAAGGUGCGCCUGUCCUUGACAAGUUUGAGCUUUGUAACACUGAAUGAUAACUGUUUGUUUUACCCGUGCUGCCAUUAUAGUUUCUGUCUAAUUUAUUGACUGUUGUCACCAUCAGUUGAUAUCCUGUGUUGUUACAUGAUUCUAUAUAUUUUCUGCAGUACAGUUUUUCAUUUUGUUCAUUCAGUGUAUCACAUUUAUUUGCAUAAACCAUCUUUGCAUCCCACUGAUAAACUCAUUCUUGAACACAAUUUGUGCGGUCCUUUUAAAACUUUGUGAAGUGACCAGGAUAUUGAAAUUGUCUUAAUAAAUAAUAAUU